GAGUUCCCCUAUCUGUCAGAGCCAGUUCCUCCAUUUAAGUUGCUGACUUGUUUAUGUUGCAGUGAAUGACUUUUGUUCAUGGUUGCUUUUCACUUUGAAGCUCUUGUUUGGCACCUUUUUUUUAUGCCACUCUCAUUGCAGGCGGAGGGAGCAUGAAGUCUACACUGCUGCUGAUUUGCGGCAGAUAGAGAUCAUCAGAUAGCAGACACGGCAAAGGGCUACUGACAAACUGAGAGCUUUGACAAUCAGGGGGUUUAGAUGUGGAGUUUAUUCUAGUCAGACUGGCAGGUGGGCUGCCCUCAUUCCCAGCAGCUCUCUGCUCUGUGCAGGCUCUUGCCCAACUAGGAGCAAAAACACACAGAGGACACAGAGGGAAAGAAGAGGAGGAGAAGCAGGUUCAACCAUGGAGCUGUGAGGGACACAUUCAGAUGCCCAAGUGGACCAUCACUGGAAAAGGAGUGUUGCCAAGGAGAAGAGGUCUGCAAUGAACAAGACCAAGAGGAAACCCAGUGAGAGCCCUGGCGUGCUGAAGAGCAGUAAGCUUGUCCAGAGAAGAAGGAAUACAUGUCCCAGUCCUCAGGACAUUGACCGGGCAUUGCAGAAACCCAGCUCUCCCCCCAGCUCCAGUGCUGUCAGUCUAGAUGAGCUCAUUCAGCGCUGCCUGAACUGUUUUGAUUCUGAGGGGAAGCUGAUCAGCCUCCGAGGCUCCCAGCUGGUCAACAUGAUGCUGAUGAUGCACAGCUGGGUGGUGCCAUCUCAGACGUUUGCCCAGAAACUUCUCACUCUUUAUAAAGAUUCUCCUCUGGACAAGAGAGGACUGAGGCGGCCACAGAUCUGCCACCUUGUCAGGCAGUGGAUCAGCCAGUUCCCGGCUGUGUUUGAGGCAGACCCUGACCUGGAGCAGGUGAUGGGGGACCUGUGGGCGCUGGUUCGAUCAGAUGGAGGAGAGAGUCAUUCACAGCUCAACGACACCUCCUGCCUAAGCCCUCAUGUGAACGCAUUACAGGCACCCUCACCGUCUGUGAAAAAAAGAAAGGUGUCUUUAAUCUUUGACCACAUGGAGCCAGAUGAAAUGGCCGAGCAUCUCAGCUACCUGGAAUUCAAGAACUUCUGUAACGUUUCUUUCCUGGACUAUCGCAGCUACGUGGUGCGUGGCUCAGUGAGGGACAACCCUGCUCUGGAGCGAUCGGUCAUGAUGUGUAACGGAGUCUCUCAGUGGGUUCAGCUGAUGAUCCUGAGCAGACACACGGCCCAGCAGAGAGCUCAGGUCUUCACCAAGUUCAUUCAUGUGGCUCAGAAACUUCGAGCUCUGCAGAACUUUAACACUCUAAUGGCAGUAACUGGAGGCCUCUGUCACAGCUCCAUCUCCCGCCUCAAAGACACGUCCAACCUGCUGCCCCCUGACGUCACUAAGGCCCUCAGUGAGAUGACGGAGCUGCUCUCCUCCUGCAGCAACUACAGCAACUACCGCAGGGUUUACAACGAGUGCAGCGGCUUCAAGGUGCCCAUCCUGGGUGUCCACCUGAAGGACCUGAUCUCCCUGAACGAGGCUUUGCCAGACUUUAUCGAGGGAGACAAGAUCAACCUGGGCAAGCUGCAGCACCUGUACAGCAACAUCAACGACCUGCUGGCCAUUCACAACAGCACGCCGCCCUUUGAGGCCAACAAAGACCUCCUGCACCUGCUCACGCUCUCUCUAGAUCUGUACUACACUGAGGAUGAGAUAUAUGAACUUUCAUAUAGCAAGGAACCCAAAAACCCUAAGAUCCAGCCUGUAGCACCCGUUAAACCGCCGGUAGUGGCAGAGUGGGGGUCAGGGGUCACCCCUAGGCGUGACCCCGACACCAUAUCUAGACACGUUAAACAGAUGGUGGAUUCCAUCAUGAUAAAUUAUGACCAGAACCAAGACGGCUACAUUUCAUUGGAGGACUUUGAGAAGAUAUCGGCUAACUUCCCCUUCUCCUUCUGCACUCACGAAACUGACAGGGAAGGACAAAUCAGCCAUGAGGAAAUCACCUCUUACUUCAUGAGGGGAAUGUCUAUUUGCGCCAAGUUGGGCUACAACUUCAAAGAUGCGCACAAAUUCCACGAAACUACGUACAAGCGACCCACAUUCUGCGACACAUGCAGAGGCUUUCUGUGGGGGGUCAUCAAACAGGGCUACCACUGCAAAGGCUGUGGUCUCAACUGUCACAAGCAGUGCAGGGAUCUGGUGGGAAUGGAGUGUUUAAAGAAACACAAAAACACAAGUGGAUCCUGCCCAUGCACCCCAGCCCCCGACUCCAAAACCAAGGGAAACGGCUGUAACUCGGAGGAGGAGACCUUCGUCUUCCCCCAAAGUAAUGAGUCAGAGCACAACAAGGGAACUCCAGUCUGUAAAAACAGCCCCAGUGACUCAACGCUGUCCGACCGCUCCACUCAGACCGACCCAGGAGUGUGGACGCCUCAGAAGAAGGACAAGAGGGGAAACAUCCACAACUCGCUUCUGUAUGGAGCUGCAGACAGAAAGGUCAACACCUUGCCUUCCAGAACCCGAGGCUGCUCCAUGCCCGUCUCCUUCCUGCAGGAGAAGAUGGAGGAGCUGCAUCUCUACAAGGACAAGAGCAGAGAGCCAGACUGACUUCUACGCCUUUGUAUUUUUGCCUGAACACAGACAAUAACACUGUCUAAGACACAUCAGCUGUGUCUGACUGGUGCUGAACUGCCUACAUGUACAGACCUUCACCUCCACGUGUCAAAAACGGACUCCUUUAUUGUGUGUUCGUGGUGCGUUCUUAUUUGCCUUCAUCUGAUUCUGAAUCUUUGAUUGGCUUCUAGUACAACACCCUCCCCUGCUUCCAACAUCCACCUGGAUUGUAAUUUGUGGACGCCGCACUUUGCCUCGGUUCUCUGAUGCUAAAAUUAAACACAUGGUCAAACCAGGUACAAUAUGAUAACCUACAGACAGAGUCAGUCUGACUCACAGUCCCACGAAGUCCAUUAAAUACAGGGUAUGAAAUUAACACUAACUUGAACAAUACUCAUUUUCUCAUUUCACUGGCAGCUACAGUGUGACUCGUAUGACAACCGUGUUUGUUUGAAUUUGCUGUGGAUAUAAAAAGACGACUGUACAUUUAGGUCUAGCUAUUCACUGCCCUACUGGAACGACACGUGGUCUAAUAUUUUAGACUCUCUUACUGUUUAAACAAUGUUGACAUUUUUUUCUAAGCAGAAUUCCAUAAGAAUUCACCAAGUGCUGUAUUGUUGAUGGGCGAGUUGUUCCAAACACUUCCACAGAGAUGAGGUCUGGACUCUGUGCUAGCUGAUCCAGGUGCAACAAAUCUCACUCGAACCUCCUGCAUUAUUUUGUGACAUUUGAAGACAGAUGAAAAGUUGUUGUCAUUUAGGAAAUGAUUGAUCAACCUAGAUCAAGCCGACAGAAAGACUAUCAUUCUGGAUUUUAAAUAUGAACUUGUCCGUGUAGGUUCUCAGUCAUCCAGGUCAUUUAAUCCAAAGAAAAGUUAAAUGGAAAGCAACUAGACAAAGUAGGUUUUUUGAAGACGUUUCACCUCUCAUCCAAGAGGCUUCUUCAGUUCUGGAACUGUUCUUCAGCCUCUUGGUUGAGUUGUCUUCAAAAAACCUACUUUGUCCUGUUGCUUUCAAUGUAACUAUUUUUUGGAUAAAUAUGAACUUAUUUUAAAUUUGUUUUGUCAUUUGCUCCAGUCCAGUCUUAACCCCUUUUUGAUAUAUUUUUUUUGAUCUGGUCAAUCUUUCUCUUAAGGCCACACAGUAAUGCUGUUUCCCAUUUUAGGUCUGUAUUGCUCUUUCUACGAAGAUUAAACACCCUUCAGUUCUA